UUCAAGUUUCAACACCUCCGGCGAAUGAGCUCAACCCAAAUCGCUCUGAAUGUCAACGGAGCGGCACUCGUCGGCGACCUCCACGUCGCCGGAGGAGAACACCUUGUUUCUUGAUGUACUGCAUGAGGCUCCUUUAUUUGGUCAUCGAAAGCCUACGAGCAUCAUCGGGAGUGUUUUCUACUGUUUUUUAUUGGCAGGUUAUGCUAUUUUGGCUGUGGCAGCUCCAUGGAUGUUUCAUCCGAUAAAGAGUUUGGGCCCCUCAUUGCUUUGCAGUUGUGAUGUUGCUUUUUUGAUGAUCACAGGUGCCUUUCAACAGUAUCUAGUCUACCAAGUCCAAAAGAUCCGCUUGCAGGGUUACUAUAUGUUCAGCCAGAAGUUGAAGCAUAUUGUUCGCCUACCUUUUGCUACUACUGCAUAUGGAACUGCUGCAAUGCUACUUGUCAUGGUGUGGAAACCACACAUCAGUAUUCUUUCCAUCUCUACCAUACUGAGGAUUAUUAUGUUGGUUGAAGCAGUAUGUGCAGCAUCUUUUAUGAGUGUUUAUAUUGGUUAUGUGUACCAGUACAAUUCCUUGAAUUCUCAGCCUGAUGUUUUGAAGUCAUUAUAUUCUCCACUUCAACCAUCUAGUUCUUUGGAAGGUUUGAGGUAUUACGAGGGUGGUCGGCUCUCUGACCAGCAAAUGGCUUUGUUGCAAUACCAGCGGGAAAAUCUUCAUUUUUUGAGUGAGGAGAUUCUCCGGUUGCAAGAAUGCUUAAGUAAAUAUGAACGGUCAAAUGAUGGGAGCACACCUCAGGUUGAUCUUGCCCAUCUUUUAGCAGCUCGUGAUCAGGAAUUGCGAACAGUUUCUGCUGAGAUGAAUCAAAUACAGUCUGAGCUCAGUCUUGCUCGAUCCUUGAUUGCCGAGAGGGACUCUGAGAUCCAGCAAGUCCGCACCACCAACAAUCAGUAUAUUGAAGAGAAUGAAAGGCUGAGAGCUAUACUAGGAGAAUGGAGCAACCGAGCAGCCAAGCUUGAGCGAGCAUUGGAGGUUGAGCGGAUGUCAAAUCUUGAAUUACAAAAGAAGAUAACAACCCUGAGAAAUCAACAAAAUCUCUCAGGCGAACCUAGCUAGCAGCAUGAAGCCUCCUGUCACAGCUUCCUAAACAAAUGUAUUCACUGAUUCCACUGACCCCUCCGUAUUGUACCUUGUCCUAUUUCCUUUUCUUUUCUUGCUUGAGAUGACUUAGAGGAAAAAAAGGCCACUGCCAUGGGUGUAGACGGCAGUUCAAUGUACAUAUCAGUUUAUGAAGUAGCUUUCAUUGUGAUGAGUUUUUUUUAUUA